AUGGACCGAAAGCGACCGGGGUUUGCGGGAAAUGGGCCAAACGCCGAGCUUGCUGCUCGUCUUCUACGCCUCGAAGAGAUUGUACUCAAAAACACAGAGUCUCGCAUCUCUAUCCAUGCUCCACCGGUACAUCGGCCGUGGCAGACUUCAGCACUCACGACAUUUGUACCGCCGACUAAUGAGGGCCUUCCCUCUAAAAUCGAGGCGGAUAUUCUGAAGUCUGUUUCUUUUAAUGAAGACUGGUUUACAUCAAUAUCUCCACUCAAUAUCUGCUUUAGAAUAUGCUCUAUGAAGCAUAUUCCACAAUCUCCAACUUAUCUGUGGCCCAGCCCUAGAAGAUCAGCCUCAUUUCAGGAGCCUGUCAGAUGUAUAUGGCUACCUCUACGGGAAGAAGCAAGAAGGUUAUUCGACAAAUAUGUGCGAGACGUGACUUUUAUUCACCAUGUGAUUCAUACACCUACGGUACGAUUCCUCAUCGACGAUAUAUAUGACAAGCUUGCACAAGAUCAACCAGUGUCACCUGGACAAGUUGCGCUACUCAUGAGCAUAUUCGGAAGUGCUUCGUACGCCUGGACCUUUCACGACAUGAAUAAGUCCAUGUAUGAUACCGUUGAAGGAGCUCAUUCCCAAUCAACCAUGUGGGUCAGGGCGUGUCUUGAUCUGUUAGAUCAUUGUCGUCGAUCUUCUGUCCGGUCUUUUGAGGCUCUGCAGGGGAUCGUCAUAGCAUUCUUCAUGUUGGUUAACUUAGAAGGCAUGACAGUCCGCUAUACGUCUAUGGUCGGACAGGCCAUUUGUAUGGCUCGCGAAAUUGGUCUUCAUCGUUUGGAUCAUCCAAACUAUGCAACAAGCGAUCAUGCGCCCAGAGCAGGGACUGUAACAGAGGAGAUAGGAAGAAGGAUAUGGUGGUAUCUGUGUGCGACCGAUUGGAUGCUGUCUCGCUAUGCUGGCCCCCAAGAAGGAUCCUACUCGAUUCAUUUGUGCCAUAUGGCUACCCGCAAGCCAUGGAACGUGAACGAUGAAGACCUUUACGACGGUAUGAAAAAUAUUGAUAGACCUCUAUCCGAACCCACGGAGAUGUCAUACUUCCUACAACGCAUUCGGCUCGGUGAAAUGUGUCGCGAGUUAGUCGAUCGAAUGCCACUGGGAAUCACAGCCUCUGAUCGAUCCGGUUAUGCCGACGUUAUCGCUGUCGAUGCACAGUUUCUAAAGUUUCUAGGAGAAAUUCCAGAAUUUUUCACUCUCGAAGCGGCAGAGCAACCCGCUGAGCUUCAGAAACCGUUGGCAACUGGAAUCAUUGUGCAAAGAUACAUUAUCCACUCUCUUGUCCAUUCACACCGAUGCAAAUUACAUCUUCCGUAUUUAGCCAAGGUCUCGUCUAACACUCAGUACAGUUACUCAAGAGAAGCUUGUCUUGAAGCUGCUCGGCAAACUGUGCGGACGGAGAAGCUUCUUGAGCGGGAAUCUGUGCAAUUUGUGCAUGCACGGUUUCGCAUUUCAGGUGUUUUACAGGCAAUAUAUAUAGCGAGUAUCGCAUUCUUGCUAGAUAUGUGUUUCCACAAUGUACGCGGGCAGUGUGAUCCGGAACGAAAAGUCGAGUUACUAGAGGCAUGCUACAUUCUUGAAGAAGCGGUAAGUCAUUCGCCAUUUACGGCGAACCUUCUCGAGUCCUUGGACAGCAUUGUACAAAAAUACAGGCUCUCUCUUCCUCGACUCAGCAACAUGCCACGUGCAAGUCCGCCGCAAAAUCCACAAAAUCAAGUUGCAUUUGACACAACGGGUAGAAGCCAAUGGUCAGCUGGUCUAGACAGCGAGAAUCUUGCCAACAAGUCCGUGGAACCAGCAGCCCAAGGUGACAACCCGGUUAUGGAUCCCUCCUCCUGGGAUACAUUCAAUGCAAUGAAUGUCGACAAUCUAGAUUGGGACUCUUUGUUAAGCGAACUGGACUCUCAGUUCCUUGUCACCGCAUUUCCAAGUAUAUGA